GAGCACACCUCGAUCAACCUUUGCACAGCACUUCUACAGGUCACAGCAAAAAGCAGAAGAAAAUGUUAAAGCUGACUAGAAAUGUAUGUGAAGACAGAGAGCGGAUGUAAUCUGAGGCCACCCAGAUUCUGACAAACAGGUGACCAGGACCUUGUUUGGCUGCUCCAGGAGGGGUCUGGAUAGUCGUUCAUCUCCCCCACCUGUCCUUUGGCACCGGCGGAUUCCCCUGUCACUCAAACGUGCCACCUAGUGGAGCCCUGAAGGUUUAGCUCUGAUCUGCUGAAACGAAACCAGCCAACUACCUCCCUCAUCUGGGGAGUUGCAAGCCCUGCACCGUCUUCCAAACAUGUUCACCUUUUACCUACUGGGAAUGUAACAGCCGAGGAAAAAGAAUGAAAAGUGUGAAUUCAGGUUUCCUGUGGAUGUGGCAGAGCACAAAGUGACUUGCCUGGGAUACAUUCCCACAGCGGGGAGCUUUAAUUCAAAUGUUCUGGGUCCACUCAAAGCAAGAAAAAUACCUUAUUUACCCAGAAGUACAUUAAAAGUCUCUUUCAACGACAGACAUCAUCAGCAAAUGGCAUCUGUAAAUGAAACAUCCAUACCACCCCUGACAACUAAUGGCACCACGGUCAGCCCAACACGAAUUACCCCAAGUCACAACUGGGAGUUUUUGGUUGCUGUUCUGGCCUCAGCCAUCUCCGUCUCCAUUCUCCUCGCCGUCUUCGCCAAAUGUCAGGUGAUCCGACGUUACUUGGCCAGCUACAGGCACACACGCCUGAGGGAGCCUGACGGCGUCAGCCAUUCUGAUUCUUCAGGCCUGGAGGUGGAGUUUGAUAUGGGCAGGGGGCGAAUGGACCCUCGCUGCCUCCCUCACGUGAGCGAGGAGGAUGACGACGGCUUUAUCGAAGACAACUACAUCCCGGCCAGCGAGCGAGCCCGAGCUGAGAGAGCAGCCGAGGAGAUGGAGGAAGACACGGAGGAAGAGCUGGAAGAGAUUGAAUUUAGCAUCACUUAAAGUAUGUGGGACACAUGCGGUCUGUCGGGGGAGCCGGGAACCUCCCAGCAUCCAUUUCUACUCCAUUUCUUUCUAUCAUUUGUCUUUCUAGGUGGUUAAAAUCGAUGCUUUUCAACGUAGAUCUAUACUGUGUUAAACUGCAUUACAUGAAAAUCAAUUAUCACACCUUCCUUAUGGUUUGGAAGUUCUGAAUCUGGGCUCUGAGGGCCCAUUACAUUUUUAUAGCUGACAGUUUUAAAGAGCGCUGUUUCAUGUAAAAGUCAGAAUCAGCACCAACCUCAAUGUUAAAACCCAUUAUGGCUGCUCUACACAUAAAAAAAACCAUUUGAUUUACCAAUUGUAUGCACUUUUUACUGUUUAUUUUCUCACUAAAGCUGCAGCACAUGCAGGACUGUGCAUUGUACAUUUGUGAUCUAUUUUUGUAUCUGAAUAAAUUGAAAGCAUUCAAAUACAAUGUGUUUAGUUUGUAUAGCUAAUAGUACAAAUCCUGGCCCCUUUAAAACCAAUAACUAGAUAAUUCUUUUUCUGAUAUUUACAUGUGGGAUGUACCUGAUUCCUAAGUCCAGAGUAGGAGGGAAAACAGCAAAACUGUUGUGAGAUUUUACUUUAUAUAUCUCUAAAAUCAGGAAAAUGAGCCCACAUUAGCCUCUUCAUGAAUAAUUCAGUUUACCGUAUAUAUGUUUUACUGAAAAUGUCUUAGAGGGUUCAUGCUUUGUGUGCUACAGUGGCACUAAAGAAAUAUUCACACAUGAACUUUUUUGACUCAGUCACCGUGUUUCAUUUCUGCUACUGUGGAACCGCUAUGCCAUUACCUCCCCACAACCACAAAUUAUCCUUUGUGUCUCAGAUUGUGCUGUUGAUGUUGUUAUUAAUUGUUUGAUAGCCAGUUUUCCAUCUACAUCUGUAAUAUCCAUUGUCUCUUUGGCGUAGCAACUCAUAACUUGUGGUUUCUGUUAUGGACACAAUCAAUUUUGAAUUGAAGUAUAGUGUAUAUAAAUGUGCUAGAAUUAUUUAUAUUUUUUGCUUUUGAAAAAGGUACCUAUUGUUGUAUUUCUAUUGCAUACCAAAGCAACUACCUGUUGGAAGGUUUCAGAAAUGCCCAAGAAAAGGUAAUAGAUAAUUAAGUCAUAAAGUGAUUUCUCCUUUUGAAGAUUUCUUCCAUUUCAGCUUUUUGGUCACAUUUACAUGUUUAGGAUCAUCAAACAAAUAUUCAUAUAUAAUAAGGAUAACAUAAAUUGAAGAAAAAGGUUUUAAUGAUUGUUUCAUUAAGGGUAAAAGAUGUAGCCAAUGUAAGAGUUUAUAUCAGUAAUUAUCCCCUUGAUGUAAAAACUGCUUGCAGCACCCUCAGAAGCAUCAGAAUGGAUGUCACGUGUAUUUUAUCAGACAAUGAGUCUGACAUUGCUGUAAGGGCAUUUUGGCCAACUCUUCUUUUAUCUAGCCCCAUUAGAGGGUUUGUACGGAUCAACAUCCUGCUUAAGGCCACACCUAAGCAUCUCUAUUGGAUAUGAGUCCAGACUUUGACUUGACCAUUCCAAACACUGAGAGGUGGGCUAGCUUGUGUGCUUCGCAUCAUCGUCUUAGUGCGUAAACCAAGUGCCCUUCAGCGUAAGGUCACCAACUGGUGGUUCCCUAAAGAUUUUUUGGCAGCAGAAUGUAUCAUUGCAUUCAUUACAGAGCAGUGUUUAGGUCCUGAAGCAGCAGCGCAGGCAGAAUCUUUCAUGCUACUGUAACCAUCUCUGACUGUCGGUGUGAUCUUUUUCCAAAAUGCUUUGUUAGGUUUGUGCUAGAUGUAACGACACACCUUCCAAGAAGUUCCACUUUUGUCUCGUCGCCACACAGAAUGUUCUUUCAUAAGUCUUGGGGAUCAU